AUGAAAAACAGUUGCCAGGAUACAGAAUAUUUUGGAAUGAUGCAGUGCCAGUUCCUUCUAUUAAAGUCUGAUAGAAGAAUCACAUACUCAUUCAGAGAAUUUGUAACUGUCUUGGUGCGAGACCCCAGAAUACAGAAAGAAGACUCAUGGCAUUCUUACAUAGACUAUGAAAUAUUUAUUCACACAAACAGUAUAUGCUUUACAAGGAAAACAUCCUGUGUCAGACGACGCUAUCGAGAAUUUCUUUGGCUCCGGCAGAGGCUUCAGAGCAAUGCAGUGCUUAUACAGCUACCUGAAUUGCCAUCCAGAACUCCCUUUUUCAAUAUGAACAAUCCUAAUCACGUGGACCAUCGCCGUCAGGGUCUGCAGGAAUUCCUGGAAAAGAUCCUACAGGAUGCAUUAUUGCUCUCAGAUAGCAGGCUUCACCUCUUCUUACAGACUCAGCUAAGCCCAGAAGAUAUGGAGGCCUGUGUGUCUGGGCAGACCAAAUAUUCUGUUGCUGAUGCGAUUCACAGUUUCGCCUCUCUGAACAGACGUUUUCCUAUAGAAGAAGAAGAGAGAAAAAAAGGAAAAAAUGAUGCAGACUCUGAUUCAGAGAGUUCAUCCUCCGGGCUCGGACCUAGUGAUGACAGCAUUUCAUGUGGAUGUAAAGCAAGCCCAGCUUCUGAAGAAUCAUGAAAAAUCAUUCCUAUAUUGCUACCUUAAGGACAGUACAGAGCAGUUUCUGAUUUUUUACUGGUUAUGUGUACCACACAAACAGGGCUGUCUGGCAAUGUGUAUUUAAAAGACCCAUCAUUUAAUGCAACCACAUGUCCUUACAAAAUACUCCAAACAGACCUCGACACUAUCUUUUUGGUGAUUUUUUUUUUUUGUAAUGUAUCUUGGUGCAGGUCUACAUGCUACCUAUUUAUGUUUUUGUGACUAUUAAAAUCUCAGUAUUGGGUAAGUCAUGUUUUUCUGACAUAGAUGGCAGUUAAAGUAAUUCCCUCAGUGAGUGUAUGUCUCAUAUUUGAAAAAUAAAGAUAACUUAAUUCCUCAUCUUAAAAGUUGGUAUAUCAUGUCAAACAUAUUCAAAGCAUCUUUUAGUAAUUUGCAUCAGAGAAGUUUCAUCUUUAGAAGUCAUUUGACAUUGGUGAUGAAAUUACACACCCACCAAGGUACUCACUUUUUAAAGUAGCUCAGCAACAUCAGCAAAACAACAUUCGUACAAACUAUAUGCUGCUGACAAUUUGAGAUAUAAAUACAUCUUCCUCUGGUCCUUCUGCAGUGUUUAUGGAAAGACUGGUUUUAUCAUGCGUAAGUACUGAAGGCAAAAAUUCUUGAGCAUGGUUGCUUAGAAGUUUAGAAAUAUAAAUAAAAAUUACAUCAUUUCUAGGCUUGCUGGAGAUUCUCAGCUCCCAGGGAAUUAUGGAUACUCAUUCCCGGAGAAAAUCCUGGAUGAGGUCCAUUGAAACCAAUGGCUGAAUUUUGCACUGAUCUCAC